GGGGUCGGGGUCGGGGCCGGUCCUGGGGGUGGUCCCGGGGGGUCCCAACCAUGCUGAGCCGUCUGGGAGCGCUGCUGCAGCAGGCGGUGGAGACGCGGGAGCCCAGCGUGGACCUCCUGGAAGCCUUCACCGAGCACUGGAAGGGCAUCACCGGCUACUACCUGGAGGCCACAGACGAGAGCAUCCCGGCCAGGCAGACGGACAUUCCCUGGCGCCUCAAGCAGAUGUUGGACAUCCUGGUGUACGAGGAGAAGCAGCACCCGGCGGGGGAGACGGGGCCGUGCCUCGAGUACCUGCUCCAGCACAAGCUCCUGGAGACACUGGGCACACUGGGAAAGGCUGAGUAUCCCCCCGGGAUGAGGCAGCAGGUCCUGCUGUUCUUCAGCCGGGUGCUGGGGCAGGUGCAGCACCCGCUCCUGCACUACCUCAACGUGCACAGGCCGGUACAGAAGCUGCUCCAGCUCAGCAGCGACCGCCUGGGCUCGGGCACGGAGAAGGAGGAGGUGCAGUUCGCUGCCGUCCUCUGCUCCAAGAUCCAGCAGGAUCCCAGCCUGCUGCCGUAUAUCCUGGAGGGAAAGAGCAUCCUGGACAGGAGGAGAGCCCAGGAGCUGCCGGACAGCCCCAGGGAAGAGGGUGUGGAGCAACCCCCGGGCACCACUGCCAGCUCCCCCCCAGCCCAGCCCUCCCCACUGCAGAGGGACAGCAACCUCGUCACCUCCCUGGUGGGGCUGUGCAGGAGCAAGAAGAGCCGGGUGGCGCUGAAGGCUCGGGAGAACUUGCUGGUGCUGGCGGGGCUGGCCCAGGACGCGGCUGCCGCCUGCCUGGUGAGGAGCAGCGCCCUGUGCCAGCUGCUCACGGGGCACCUCUGUGAGCUCUACAGUGCCGUGCCCCCCGGCACCGACCCUGCCGACGUCCUCGCCAUGGACAGGCCCAGCUGGAGGUCUCAGGGAGAUGCUGCCAGCGAUGGGGUUUUCCCAGGAAAGGAGAGCCUGGCUGCCUUCCUGUGCUGGCUGGACUACCUGGAUGAGCUGGUGAUGGGAGCCCACUCGCUCGUGGCCGACGCCAUCACCGAGGCCGUGGAGGAGAAGUUUUUCCAGGGCAUCCUGCAGCCACAGCUCCUGCAGAUGUCGGAGCUCGCUGUCCUCGGCGCCACGGCCGUGCUGGCGGGGAUGGUGCGGCAGAUCCGCGCCCCUGCCCUGCUCCACCGCCUCGUGCUCUUCCUGCUGGGGCCUCACCGGCACCCCGAGACCCCCGGGGACACCCCCCACCCCCUGAGAGCGCAGCUCAUCGACCGCUGCGACCACCUGUCCGACGAGAUCAGCCUGGCCAGCCUGCGGCUCUUCGAGGAGCUCCUGAGGAAGCCCCACGAGCACGUGGCUCACAACCUGGUGCUGAGGAACCUGGAGGCCAGGGCGUACCUGCAGCGCAGCCCCCACGCGCCCGAGGAGCGCGGGCCCCCCGAGGCGGACCCCGAGGAGGACGGGCUGGACCUGGAGGAGGAUCCCUAUUUCACCGAUGGAUUCCCAGACACCGGCUUUGGGACAACAAACCCUCCCCAGGGAUCAGCUCCGGCAGGGAAGGGGCAAGUGAGCGAGGUGGUGAGCAGCUUCCUCUGCCUGGUCCCUGAGGAGGCGAAGACCUCCUCGUGCAUGGAGGAAGGCGGCUACGACACCUACGUGCACGAUGCCCUGGGCAUGGUCCAGACGUGCCGUGCCAGCGUGGCCCCGUGGGGGUGGCUCAGCCCCCGGCCCCUCGAGUCCUGCCCCCCUGGAGGGGCAUUUUAUGAAGGUCACUUCCUCAAGGUGCUGUUUGACAGGAUGAGCCGGAUCCUGGACCAGCCCUACAGCCUGAACCUGCAGGUGACCUCGGUGCUGUCCCACCUGGCCGCCUUCCCCCACCCCCACCUCCAUGAGUACCUGCUGGACCCCUACCUCAGCCUGGCCCCCGGCUGCCGCUCGCUCUUCUCCGUCCUCGUCAGGGUGAUUGGGGACCUGAUGCAGCGGCUCCAGCGGGUGCCCCACUCCAGGGCCAAGCUGCUCCUGGUGCGCCGGCAGCUCCUGGGGCUGGUGCCCGGCGAGCAGAUGGAUCACACAGUGCUCUUCGAGGGCGUGGUGGUGCUGGAGGAGUUCUGCAAGGAGCUGGCUGCCAUCGCCCUGGUCAAGGGGCCACCAGAGGGGCCACCCUGAACUCCCCCUCCAAUUCACCUGGGCUGCAGUGGCCACUGGGGGUGGCCAAACCCACGCUCUGGUAGCCUCCAGUGGCCCUGUUCUGACUGCCAAGAGCCAGGAACGGCCGUGGCACCCCAGGAAGGACCUCGCGGGAGGAAGAGGAACCACCGAGUCCUUCAGCAGCACCUUGGGGGUGACGCCCCCUCCCCGUGCAGGAUGUGGCCCUGCCGGGGCGUGGUGACUGGUGCUGCGUGUCCUCCUGGGUGGUGGGUUCCUGCUCCCCCCAAACCUCCACCAGGGAUUGUUUUGGGGGGGCAAUAACAGGGUAUGUGGGGCAGUGCCCCCCCCUUCCCCCUCAGCUGCAAGGACUUGCUCGUCCCCCCCCCGGUGCUGUGGCACAGGGUGGGGUGACACGUGUGACACAUGUGUGUGUGUGUGUGUGUGUGUUGGUGCUGGUGGGGUUCAGUGCCCCCUGAACCCCCGCACAGCACCUGCCCCAUUGGGUGAUGCGACUCUGCUCUAAUAAAGCUGUGAGCUCAGCACCA